GUUAAUUUCCCAACAAUAAACAACAAGCAAAAAAAACAAAGAAGGAAAGAAACGGACAGAAUCUUCACAUGUCAGCAUGGUUUCUUAAAUCCUUCAAAAUUAUCCACUCAAACCUCACAUAACUCACAAGUGUUUGUGAAACAUGAAAGAGUCGAAUGUAGUUGACGUUGACAUAGAGACCACCACAACCGGACUCGAUAUUCCGCUGCUUAACAACUUUGUCGACGGCGCCGUCGAUUACAAAAACCGUCAAGCCAUCAGAUCCAUAUCCGGCUUCUGGCGUUCUGCAAUAUUUAUUAUCAGUGUUGAAGUGGCUGAGAGAUUUGCAUAUUUUGGUGUUAGUUCGAAUUUGAUCACAUACUUGACCGGACCCUUGGGUCAGUCUACUGCUACUGCAGCCGAAAACGUGAACGUGUGGCUCGGAACAGCGUCCCUUCUCCCGUUAGUUGGUGGUUUUAUUGCUGAUGGUUUUCUUGGUCGAUUCCGAACGAUAAUAAUGGCUUCUCUGCUCUAUAUUCUGGCACUUGGCAUGUUGGCCCUUACAACUUUGAUCCCAUCUAAGUGUGAAACUCUUGGUGGUGCCACUUCAUGUUCUCCUCACUUCCAAGUCAUCAUGUUCUUCAUGUCACUGUAUCUUGUUGCAUUUGCUCAAGGUUGUCACAAGCCCUGUGUUCUAGCAUUUGGAGCUGACCAGUUUGAUGCAAGUGACCCACAUGAAUGUACAGCCAAAAGUUCAUUCUUCAACUGGUGGUAUUUUGGAAUGUGUAUUGGUCCUAUGGUUGGGAUCUUUGUUCUUAGUUACAUUCAAGAAUACCUUAGUUGGGGUCUUGGGUUUGGGAUUCCUUGUGCUGUCAUGGGUUUGGCCCUGGUCAUUUUCUUGCUCGGAACCAUGACGUAUCGGUUUCCAAAGAAAACUGAGGAUAAAAGUGCUUUCGUGAGGAUCGGUCAAGUGUUUGUUGAAGCAGCACGAAACUGGCGAACGACACAGUCAACGGUAUCUCUAGAGGAACAGGCUUGUGAAACCUUCACUCGUCAGGGUUCUCAGCAGUUCAGGUUUCUCAACAAAGCCCUACUUUCACCUGAUGGAUCGAAUGAAAGCGGGCCCGUUUGCAGCAUUGACGAGGUGGAAGAAGCGAAGUCUGUUCUUCGACUCAUUCCAAUAUGGGCCAGUUGUUUAGCUUACUCAACUGUAUCAUCUCAACAAACAACUUUGUUCACCAAACAAGGAGCUACCAUGGACCGAUCAAUCGGGCCAAACUUUGAAAUUCCCGCUGCAACACUUCAAUCGUUCAUCGGGCUCUCGAUUGUCAUCCUCAUUCCCAUCUAUGACACCAUUCUAGUCCCUCUUAUGAGAUCUGUUACAAAGAAACCGUUCGGUAUAACAAUGCUGCAAAGAAUUGGAACAGGCAUCUUCAUAUCUAUUGUUUUAAUGGUGGUUUCAGCACUCGUGGAGUCAAAAAGACUAAAAACUGCGACAGAAUACGGGUUAAUAGAUGAUCCGGGGGCGGUGAUCCCAAUGAAGAUAUGGUGGUUAUUACCUCAAUAUGUGUUAGUUGGGGCUGCUGAUGUUUUUGCAAUUGUGGGUAUGCAAGAAUUCUUUUAUGACCAAGUUCCAAGCGAGCUAAGGAGCAUCGGUCUAGCUCUUUACCUUAGUGUCUCGGGUGUUGGUAACUUUCUGAGCAGUUUUCUGAUCUCUACCGUUGUGAAAAUCACAGCUCGGGAUGGUGAAGAUGGUUGGAUAUCGGACAAUAUGAAUCAGGGACAUGUUGAUUACUUUUACUACCUUCUUGCUGGGAUUAGUGCGGUCGCAUUUGUUAUAUACUUGUAUGCAGCGAAUUCGUAUGUGUAUAAUCAAAGAAGAGCUUGUGAUGUUGCUAAAUGAUGAACAUGAAGAUAUGUUUUAAACUGAAGCACAAGUAUGCUGCAAGAUAUGCUGCUAUGUGAUAUGAACUUGUAAGGGUUCAUAGUUAUAUAAAUCUGUAUUCAUUUAGUCGUAUAUAUAAAACGCCUCGGGUAACUUGACAGUUUUUUCAAAGAUUCAUUUUCGUCUUCGUGCA